AUGGCUAGAAUCAAGGUUCGUGAGUUAAGAAAAAAAUCAAAGGCAGAUCUUUUGGCUCAGUUGAAGGAUCUCAAAGCUGAGCUUGCUCUCCUUCGUGUUGCUAAGGUCACCGACAAUGCUCCUAACAAGCUCUCCAAGAUCAAGGUGGUGAGGUUGUCCAUUGCACAGGUCUUGAUUGUGAUUUCACAGAAGCAGAAGGCUAUAUUGAGGGAGGCAUACAAGAACAAGAAGCUCUUGCCUCUUGAUUUGCAUCCCAAGAAGACCAGAGCCAUCCGCAGGAGGCUGACCAAGCAUCAGCUAUCAUUGAAAACUGAGCGCGAGAAGACGAGGGAAAUGUACUUCCCAAUGAGAAAGUAUGCCAUUAAGGUGUAG